GGAUUUUCUAGACACUUUUAAACAAGAAAACAAACGACAGUCGACAACAAACAAAUGUUCAUGUACGUAUUGUUAUAUGAAACUACUUACUAAUGAUGAGUGACAUCAGCAGUGUUGAAGAUAUGUUUAAAUUAUUUACAGAUAGAACUUUUAAGGGAUAUGCUUUUAUUCUACCUUCUGUAUCUGUGGGAAAUGUAGGUCAGUUAGCAAUGGACUUGGUGUUGUCUUCACUAACUGCAGUGAAGAUAGGUUAUGUUUUGCACCCGGCGAUACUUCCCGUUGUAGGCAGUGAUCCGUAUGAUUUGGAGUCAAGUUCUUUAAUGAUAAGCUGUGAAAUAUUCGUCGUGGAAGAUAAAAAGUUGAUUUUGAUGCAGAUUCGCUCUCCGCUCAUCAAGACAUUUAGAAAUGACUUUCUGCUGAAACUUCUAAAAUGGAUUCAGAAGAUGGAGCUCUCACCAGUUUUCAUUUUGACAAGCAGCCAUGAAUACGAGAGGAAUGACGAACAGAUUCGUGGGACACCACUGCGUUUCCUGAUGACAGCGGACUUAUUUUCAAAACAUGAAGAGACCAUUGCCAAGUUGGGCUGGAAAGAGUUGGAGAAGCGUGGAUGUCCAGACCUCACAUCACAAGAAAAUCAUCCAGAGGAGGCCUACAUUCCAGGUGGAGGGUUCGCAAAGUUGUUGUUUGAUACAUGUGCCUUUCAGAAGAUUUCUUCGGCAGUUUUACUGAAAUUUUGCUCAGAAGGUGAUAACAUUCCAGAUGCAGUUUUGCUCGCAAACUAUUUAAAUGAUCUGAUUAGGCUAGUGCCUGAAGGAACGUCUUCAGUGGAUCGUUGGCAUUUCCCGCCAUCGUGGAAACAUCUCUUUGGAAAUGCACCGGACAGAGAAUUGUAUUAACUAACAUUUUUGUACUUACCCUUUAUCUUUGUAUUGUUGUAAUAAAAUAGUUAAAAUUAA